AUCAAGAAGAUAGGCGAGUGGAUCCCUCAACUCUGUAAAUAGACGUUUACUUUUCUUUGGCCUUUUCGCUUGACUAACCACCUUUGUCAUUCCAUUGAUCGAUUCAUUUCUCUACUUCUGUUGCAGGACCCGGGCUUCACUUUAUGUAUAAUCUCCUCCACUUUGAUGGGCCUUUCCCUAUGUACUGGUCCAGCUCAUACCUUGGCCAGCUUCUGGGAUGUGCAGUCGCUUCCCUAGCAAUAUACGUGGCAGCCAAAUUUUCAUUGGGUUUUCCCUUUGUAACUACACUGGUAAUAUAUAAAUGGCGAAGGAGGCACUUGUCAAUGUAUGACAAUAUAGAAGACUUUCUACGGAGUAAUAAUAAUCUCAUGCCAAUAAGGUACUCUUACUCCGACAUCAAAAAGAUGACCAGAGGUUUCAAGAACAAAUUGGGGGAAGGAGGCUAUGGCUCUGUAUACAAGGCAAAGCUCCGUAGUGGUCGCCUUGUAGCCAUCAAGAUGUUGGGUAAGUCCGAAACUAAUGGGCAAGACUUCAUUAAUGAAGUUGGUACCAUUGGAAGGAUUCACCAUGUUAACGUGGUGCGACUUAUUGGCUUCUGUGUUGAUGGUUCAAAACGUGCUCUAGUAUAUGAUUUCAUGCCUAAUGGGUCUCUUGAGAAAUACAUUUUUUCUCAACAAGGAGUUGUCUCCUUAAGUUGCCAGAAAAUAUUUGAAAUCGCACUUGGAAUAGCUCGUGGUAUUGAAUAUCUCCAUCAAGGUUGCAACAUGCAAAUUUUGCACUUCGACAUUAAGCCUCACAACAUUCUUCUAGACGAGAACUUUAUUCCCAAGGUCUCUGAUUUUGGGUUAGCAAAGCUGUACCCAUUGGAUAAUAGCAUUGUAUCUUUGACUGCAGCAAGAGGAACCAUGGGAUACAUUGCUCCAGAGCUAUUCUAUAAAAACAUUGGAGGUAUUUCGUACAAAGCCGAUGUGUAUAGUUUCGGAAUGCUAUUGAUGGAAAUGGCUGGUAGAAGGAAGAACCUGAAUGCGGGUAUAGAACAAUCAAGCCAAUUUAGCCAAAUCUACUUUCCGACAUGGGUUUCUGAUCAGUUGAAGGCAGGAAAGGACAUAGAAAUAGGAGAUGAUGCAACAGAUGAGGAAAAAAAGAUCAUAAAGAAGAUGAUGAUGGUGGCUUUAUGGUGCAUACAAAUGAAGCCUAUCGAACGCCCUUCAAUGAAUAAAGUAGUGGAGAUGCUUGAAGGAGAAAUUGAGAGCCUCCAAAUGCCUCCAAGGCCUUUCUUAUACCCACAACAAAUUCCUGCAGAUGAAGUUGGUGUGGACAAUCGAAGUCCCUGUGCAUCAAGUGCUUCAGAAUCUGAAGAGAUUACUUUGAUUGCGGAUGCAAAUGAAGUGAAUUAAUAUUAGUCAAGAUGUGGAUCUAUGUAAGGG